AUGAUCGAUAUUCUUCUUCUGGGAGCACUGGUAGUGGUACUAGUAGUACUCAUUGCAGAGGUGUUCCGCAAAUCUUCGAUUUUUUUUCUUUGCAAAUCAUCAACUCAUUCUGCAACAAAACAGCCCAAAAAGGGAACUGGAAAAUCAUUGGACGACAGCGGAUUGCCGAGUGGUCUAAGCCGUGAACUUGUUCCAAAACAUGUUGCAAUUAUCAUGGAUGGCAACCGGAGAUGGGCGAAAAAUAAAGGAUUGCCAUCUAUGGCAGGCCACACCGCUGGAGCUCGGAGUCUUAUGAAACUUGUUCCAUUAUGUUGCAAAUGGGGCAUUAAGGUCUUGACGGUGUAUGCUUUCUCUUCUGAAAAUUGGGUUCGGCCUCGAAUGGAGGUCGACUUCUUAAUGAAGUUGAUGGAAAGAACGCUUAGGGAAGAGCAAGAGAAUUUCAUGAGGCAUGGCGUUAGAGUUUCCGUUAUCGGGGAUUCAAGAAAACUCCCUGAGUCAGUACAAAAAUGGGUAACAAAGAUAACAGAAGCAACCAAAAACAACCCAAGACUUCAUCUGAUAUUGGCAAUUAACUAUGGUGGAAGGAACGACAUUGUGCAAGCAUGUCAAAGCAUUUCUCACAAAGUAAAAGAUGGUUUAAUCAAACCAGAAGACGUAGACGAAACCGUAAUAUGUCAGGAAUUACAAACAAAAUGUACUGAAUUUCCUUACCCUGAUUUACUUAUCCGGACUAGUGGUGAACUUAGGAUAAGUAAUUUCCUGAUAUGGGAGUUAGCUUACACUGAAUUUUACUUUGAUGAAUCACUCUGGCCUGAUUUUGGAGAGAAAGAAUUCGCCAAGGCACUGCAUUCAUUCCAACGAAGACAGAGGCGGUUCGGAGGACAAGAUGCAAAGAACAAAUGA